AUGGUGUACUUCCUUCCCUUCAUCUUGACUCUGUUUCAAGGGAUUUCAAGGGAGCGACCUGGAGUGUCACUUUAUGUUCUCCCGAAACUUCCAUCUCAGGAUUUUCGAAGGUCAAAUAGGGGAAGUGAAUCGCUGUCGAUGAGAGGUUCAGCUGUGACUACACGACGAUUGAUGGUUUGGUACUGCCCACAUCCCUCCGAGGUCGGUAAAUUGAUAGAAACUCGUCUAAGCGGAUAG